GCUGCUGCAGAAGGACUUGGCAUAAGAAUCGGACUGCACAGUGGCAGAAAAUAAAUAUGGGCACCGCAUGUUUGUGGCUGGGGAGAAAAUUCCAUCUGUGAAAUAUUUGGGCUGCUUCAGACAGACCCUGUAAAGGUAAACAGAUAUCAGAGAGGAAAUUAAUCUGCAGUCUAGUCAGAGGAACAGUACAAAGCAGUGGUAUACGAGACAGAGAUAGUGCUCAGGCUACAGAAUGGUACUGCUGUACUGUGAAAACUCUUGCUGCCAUGGUGAUGGACAUCAUGUGGGUGAUGCUGAAGAAAUUGAACUUUGUGAAUGUUGAUCAGAUAUUGGAGGGUUUGGCUUCAGUGAAACUGUCUGAGUGAGUCAAGGAAAAAAAGAGUAACCAAAAGGAGAGCAACGCAGAAAAAGGGAGGGACGGAAAGAAACGGUGAGAAGAAAAAAGGGAGUGGCACAGACAGGAAAGGAACGACAGAAAGGAAGCAAUGCAGUGAGGGGGAAAAAGGCAUAGUAAGAAAAAGAUGCAGAAUGAAAGAGAGGCAGUGAGUGAAAAUGGAAGCAACAGAGAUUAAAUGGUGAAUUACGGGAGAAAAGAGUUGAGCAGUGAAAAUAAAGACAAGAGGGAAGCAAAAAAGAGUUUUUAAAGAAAAGGUGAAUGAGAGUGACAUUCAGGUCAGCUAGAAUGAGGCCAAAUGAGAAGAAUGGGAAGGGAGACAACCAAAGUGAUACAUGCACCAAAUAAGGAAGACUGACAGCAGUACAGACAAGACUGAGUAAAAUGGAAGAUAACAAAAUACACUGACCCAGAGGUGUUCGAUGAGAAGAAUUUGGAUCUUCGUGUUUAGUUAAUUGUGGAUGUUUUCGGGUUGAUGUGUGGAAAGGAAGUUACUAAAAAACUGCCUGUCCAGCGGAUGUUUGGAGCUCAGUAUUUGACUUCAGGUGGCAUUGUCUGCAGAGCUGACCAUGAACUCUGUCCUUUCUAAAUAUGGAUCCCCACCUCGAAACUGGCUUAACCUGCGCCUCAGAAUGCAGCCAAAUGAACGGAGUUUAACUGAAGAGAAGGUUCUGCUCUGUCAGCAUGAAGAAUGUGUGGACAAGCGGAGGGCUGUCAAGGUGUGUCACCAUGGUGAUUGCCAGGAAAUUAACAAUCAAACUCCAUUGAAUCUCUGUGCAUCCUGUGACAGCAAACUCCAUGACACGAUGCACUUUGAUCGUCACAUCCGUUUUGACCUUCCACCUCAAGGUUCAGUUCUGGCCAGAAAUGUCUCAACCCGCUCAUGCCCACCCCGGACCAGACAGUCAUCUGACAGGGAGGACGAGGAUGAAAGCGGAAUGGACGGAAAAAGUGACAAGAAGAACUCUGCGCUGAAGCUGAACAAGAAGAAACCUCGUCGCCGACACACAGACGAUCCCAGUAAGGAGUGUUUCACUUUGAAGUUUGAUUUGAAUAUCAACAUUGAUACAGAGAUUGUCCCUGCAAUGAAGAAAAGAACUCUGGGGGAAGCACUGUUGCCUGUGUUCGAGAGGCAUGGCAUUGAGUUAAAUCAGGUGGAGGUUUACUUGGACCAUUCAUAUACACCUCUAACCCUGCACUUCGAGGCAUAUCGUUUUGGGGGACAUUACCUGAAAGUGAAAGCAAAACCUGGCAGUGAGCUGAAAGUGGAACAGUCGGUUAAGGAGAUAAAAUCUUUGAGUUUACCCAUCUUGCGGCCUUCGGCAGCCAAUCCCACAUUUAUCUGCACCCCACCAAUGGACCGAACAGAGCACCCUCUGCAGGGGCGAGAUGCAGCGGAUAUAGGGACCGUGGGCAGGCGGAGGAAGAAUAUGAUGGAGUUCCUGGGGGAGUCCACUCUGCCAUUGCCGGAUUCCCUCUCCCCACUCAGCUCCUCGCUGCCCAGCGGUGGGGCCGACAGUUGGAAGAAUCGAGCUGCCAGUCGCUUCAGUGGGUUAUUUAGUUCUGGUGCUGGCAUGGGACCCUUUGGCCGGGAAAUGGACAAAAUGGACCUGCUGCAGAGUAAGCUUCACACGUACAGCAUGUUCGGACUACCCAAGCUGCCAGCGCAACUGCGAUUUGACCAGGACUCCUGGGAGGAGGAAGAGACCAGCUUAUACCUUGAAUCUUCAUGGCAGGAAAUCAUUGAAGCUCCUGAGAAACUGACUCGGAAGCAGUGCCAUCAGCAGGAGGCUCUUUGGGAGCUGCUGAACACAGAGGUUGCCUAUAUGAAGAAGCUGCGUGUUAUCACGGAUCUGUUCCUGUGCUGCCUGAUAAACCUGCAGGAAUCGGGUCUGCUGACUGAGGUGGAGCCAAAGAAGCUGUUCUGUAAUGUGCAGGAGAUUAUCCAACUGCACCAGAAGCUGUGGCAAGAGGUGAUGACUCCAAUGUUGCAAGCAUCCAGAGAGAGCAAAGCAUUACUGAACCCCAUCCAUUUGCACAAGGGAUUCAAGACAUUUGGUGUACACUUUAAGCCUUACAUCCAGUACUGCAUGGAGGAGGAAAGCUGCAUGGAGUAUAUGAGAAACCUUCUCCGUGACAACGAACUCUUCAGGGUCUAUAUAACGUGGGCAGAGACUCAUAAGCAGUGUAACCGCCUGAAGCUCAGUGACAUGUUGGUCAAACCUCAUCAACGACUGACCAAGUACCCGCUGCUUCUCAAGUCUAUCCUCAAAAAAACCGAUAACUCUCACGCUAGAGAUGUCAUCGUUAGCAUGGUCAGUUCCGUUGAGAGUUUUAUUGUGCACGUGAAUUCCCGAAUGCAUCAGCGGCAGGAGCAGCAGAAACUGGCAGAGAUUAUCAAUCGCAUUGAUUCUUAUGAAGUGGUGGAUGGGAGCUCAGAUGAAGUGGAGAAGGUUCUGAAGGAGUUCUGCCACUUGGACCUGAUGGCUCCGAUGCUUGGGACUUCACCUGACAACACUCGGCAACUGCUGCUUGAGGGAAGCCUGAGAAUGAAAGAAGGAAAAGACAGCAAGAUGGAUGUUUACUGUUUCCUCUUCACGGAUAUUUUCCUUAUCACCAAACCAGUAAAGAAGAUAGAGAAGACCAAAGUAAUCCGGCAACCAUUGUUAGUGGAUAAAAUAAUCUGCAGGGAGCUGAGAGAUCCCGGCUCCUUCCUGCUGAUUUACCUGAAUGAGUUCCGCAGUGCAGUCGGUGCCUUUACCUUUCAGGCCAGUGUAACUGGACAGUCCAGAGCAUGGAUUGAAGCCAUAUUCAACGCUCAGAACCUUCUGGAGAGGUUACGGCAUUUGGAGACUGCGCAGAGACAUAGUCAGCUGCCUGAUGAAGAGGAUGCAGAGUGUGGGAUCCCAGCAACCCAAUCACCAUCCCUUCUACACACGUACUCUGACGAUAUACUUGAUUCAGAGCACAUUCAUUCAGACAGUGUGCCAGAGAGGGUUUCGGUUGUAAUGAUUGACGUGAAUGAAGAUCUCUCCUCACCUGACAUGGAAGGAGCCACCUCGCCAUCUGAUGAUGCUUCACUCCGGAGUACAGGAUCCUCCAGCUCUCCAAGCCAGGGAUUACCCUGCAAUGGGCUUACUUCCUCAGGCCUCUCGAUUCCCAGCACCAAAGGCCAGCUGCUGAAGGCUGAUGCCUGCCGCUCAGCCUCCGUGGACAGUGCGUACGGCACCUUGUCCCCAAGCUCCAUGCAAGAGUUUGAGCAGCAGCAGCAGCAGCAAGAGUCAGCAGAUGACGAUAGCGAGUCGACUCCCCGCCAGAGAGCAGCCUCACCACCGGUUCACUGCCAGAGUCUGGAGCAGCCCCUCUCUCACAAACUCAACAACCUCAAAUCAAAGUCGGAGACCAACCUACAUCAGCUCGUUACCACAGAACCUUGUGUCUCAAGUCAGUCGUCUCUGAGUAAGAGCCUGACGAAACUCUGUGUGCCCGUUGAAGAAAGACCAGACCAGCUUCCAGUUUCCGAUGGCACAGUACCCAAUCAGUCUGUGCUCCCCGUUCCUUAUUCACCCACUGCCACCAAAGUAAUGGAGGUUCUCAAGCGAGCAGAGACUCAACAACAGAGGACAGUUCCAAGCCCCAGCUCCCGAGAGAGGGCUGCAGACACCAGCGACAGUGAGCUGUCUGAGGUGGAGGAGUUGAACUUUGGACCGAGUUUGGAGCCAAGCUCCGAGCCUUGCACGUUGUCCCGCUCCGACAUGGAGAAUGAGCGGACCUCUCCGUCUGGUACAGAUGAACUCGCGGACCCUCACGAUCAGGCCAGUGGGCAGCCGAGCGGCAGCAGUCCCUCAGGACUUUCCAAAGGGACAAUGUCAGGCCCCCAGGCCGGGCAGCAGCGCAAACUGACCUUGGCCGAACUGUACAGAAUGCGGACCAGCCUGCUGUUAAACUCCACAUUGACUGCAUCGGAAGUGUAGCCUUGCAUUGGGCGUGAGCAGUGGGGCUUGGCUGGAACUCUAAUGGAUGGAAAGGCAUGGAACGUGAACUCUGACCUUCUGAGGUGCCACCAUCAUGAUCCUUGGAACAUUCCUGCCCGUGCUCAGAAAGGAGCUGAGAAUUCUGUCAAUGCUCGUGGACCUGUUACAGAAUCAGUGUGGACAGCAAGCAAUGGAUGAACGUGGACAUAGUGCUAUGGGAGUGAGGAAUGUGUAUAUCAAGCUGGUGACCUGUCCCAACAUUCGCUCUCAUGAGAAUUAAAAAUGCACCAUAAUAUUUUAAUGUAUAAAACUUCGCCCAGCUACCAGGGGUGUCUGGGCUGCCUUUUGUAUGUGGCAAAGAAAAGGAAUUGAAAGUUUGAGUCCUUUUUCUGCUCCCAUCUCUUUCCUCCAACUCUGUUGAUCCAUUUCAGCUCCCUCUCCUCACCAGUCUCCUUCUCUUCGCUCUCUCCUACUCCUCAUCCUCUUCCCUCUUGACGUGCCUCCUCUCUCUGUUACUGUCUCCUAUCCUCUCUCCUCCUCUCUGUCUUGUCCCCAUAGAUCUCUCUCUCAUCUCACUCUUCACUUGCUUCCAGAGAAGCCAUAUGACUGAACAAGGAAUGGCACCAGCCAGUAGGUGGCUUUGUUAACUGUAAGUGUAUUGCUCUGUCCACUGGUCAUCGGGUUGGUGGAGACUAAAGGGCUAGUGUACCUACUCUAAUGGAAAAAGGGAUGCUGUUGUAGCAUGGGAUAGCACAUCAACACCCCCAAACCCCCCCACCCCCCAAGUGUUACGCAAUUGAAAAUUCAGCCAGGAAUCUGGUACCGUCCAGGGAGUAUACACAUCUGCGUGGGUAUGCACAGUGUCUCAAUCACUGCUCGGGCCCGAACAAGGAAACUUCCCCUCAUAGAUUUCAAGCUCUUAAGUUAUUCUGAAAGUCUCCCACUGUCAAAUUCCCACAUGUGUACUGAGCCGCUUCCAGAUUGAAAGUUCCUUCGCCAAACUGUUAACUCCUGAACAUGCUGAAGGAUCCGGACAGUGUAGGAGAUUUCCUCUUGUCGGUCUGCAGCUGAUGUUUGCUUCCCUUAAACCAGCAAUAUUGUUUUUUCCCUUAAUAAUGUAUAAAGUUUCAUAUUUAUUAA